GUAAGAGAAGUUAUCAAUAAUACUAUCUCGAAACUAUUACUCGUACCUGAGGUGCUCAAAGAAAAGUGAAUAGACAACUCUGCAUUGAAGUCUUGAAGAGGAAGAUGAAAUUCCAAACAAGUAUUUUUACCUUCUUGGCAUAUGGCGUAUCCGCCCAGAAUGGAUUCUGCGACAUGUGCGGGGGCAAAGGAGCACCAUCGAAUUCUGCUCUCAUUGUUCCAUUCCUAGCGAUUGGAGAGAACGAUAAUCCCACCUGUGAAGAGGUUUACAGUUUUGCAAACGAAUCUGUAACGUUAAAUGACGACAUCUGUUCGUUAAUCAAGUCGCACAAAGACUUCUGUGGAUGUCCCGGGGCCGCGACUAGACCGUUGAAUGCCUGUUCUCUCUGUCCAGAAGGAGCGACUCCGAUGAAUCUCAACGCGAUUACACCCUUCGAAGACUCCUGCAGCCAAUUGGAUACCUACCUGAAGUGGAUACCCGAAGAUUUGUGUCUUACAGAGCGUGUGGGAUCAAUCAAGCGCGCUGAUGCUUUCUGUGGUUGUCCCGGUGUCGAAGCAGAAUGCUAUAUGUGUGGCGAUAACAACAAYAGACUUUCGAAUCCUAACAGAAAGGUACCUUUCUAUGAGUUCCUGGGAAACAGCUUCUCCUCAACGUGCCAAGAUCUUGCUGAUUUCUACACUUUGUACGACACAGACGAYCCGGAAAUCAGCACUUGCGAAUUUGUGAAGAUGGAAUCUGAAUACUGCGGUUGCGAAUCGAACGAUGACAACGCCCCAGUCAAUGCGUGUAAACUCUGCUCAGAUGGACAAGCUGCUGCUUCUAAGAAUCAAUACAUCGAGGAGAUUGAUAUGACAUGUGGCGAAUUAGAAACCUACUUGAGUCAUGUACCAGCCGACCAAUGUCAAAUGCCUUGGGUUGUUGACUUCAUGCGGUUUGACUUUUACUGUGGAUGUGCAAGUGCCACCGCACCAUGCCCAAUUUGUCCUGAUGGAAGCAUCAAUAUAAGCAAUCCUGAUGCAAUCAUUCCUUACUUGAUCAUACCAGAUAAUGAAAAUCCUACUUGUAAGCAACUCGCAACUCUUGGUGUCAUUGCCGAGCCAGGGGAACUUGUGCUCGACAACUGCGAUGUCUUUGAAGCCCAGGCGGACUUCUGUGGUUGUCCAGGCGCAUCAAAGCCUGAAGACUCCUGUGAAUUUUGUCCAGGUGGUGAUGUACCCCCGAACCCAGACAUUGUUACUCCCUUUGGUGACACUUGUGAAGAACUAAGUGAAUAUCUGUCGUUUUUACCGUCAGAUCAAUGCGACAGUGAAAGGAUUGGAUUCAUCAAGCGCCAAGAUUUCCUUUGUGGGUGUCCUUCUGCCACUACUAGCUGUGCUCUUUGUGUAAACCACAAUUCAAACGAUGCUAAGUAUCCCGAUAGACAUAUUCCACUUUUGAGUUUGCCAUUGAACACAAAUCCAACUUGCAAGGAAGUUUUUGAAUUUAUGGCCGUCAACGAUGGUGAUUUGUCUGCACCAGGCUGUGCCGCUCUUCAGGAAUAUCAAGGAUAUUGUGGGUGCCCUUCUACAGUUCCCACAAAUGAGUGUUCUUUCUGCCCGCAUGGAGGGUCUCCCGCCAACCCUGACAAGGUCGUUUCAGACGUAUUUACUUGUCAAGGACUUGAUGACUUCGUUUCCUUCUUGCCAGGAGAUGAAUGCGGAAGUGAAUCAUCUGACUUCAAACAGAUUCAGGCUUUUGCAUACGUGUGUGGCUGUCCCCAUACGGAACCUAGUUGCACGCUCUGCCCCGGAGGGGGCGAUCCACCGUUUGCGAACAGACUUACUCUCGAUACCGACGUAACCACUUGUGGGGAAUACGCUGAAUUUGUUGGUACUCUGACAGAUGAGCAAUGUGCCUCCCAAUCAGCUGAAAUCAAAUCUGCUGCAUUUGUGUGUGGUUGCGAAGGUGCUUCUGCCCCCACCACACCUGCGAGUGACGUCGGAAAAUGCUCUAUUCAGCAAAACGCCGAAUUGUGCACAAAGAAGCUGUUGGAUAGUGUCGAKGAAGAAUGUGAUUGCUAUGCUUUCUGUGAUUCACAAUUUGUCAAGUGUCAAUCUGRUGAAGGAGGUCUCCUACAAAACUCGGAAUGUGCAGGUAUACCAAUUACUGGUUGCAAUCGAGCAGGAGUUUUUUCUUCCACGACACCUAAACCACAAAUGGACGAUGACUACAUUGAAGUCGAGAAGUCUAGCAAAUCCAGUGAGCCGCCAAAUAUCACGUUAAUUGUUGCGAUCAUUGUUCCCGUUCUUUUGGCAGCUUUGGUUAUUGUCUAUUAUUACUUCACUCGGAACACACAGCAGAGAAAUGCCAAGUUUGACGAAGAGUUUUCCGAGGCUGAUGACGCUGGAGCUGCACCGGUUCCAGUUGUAGCAAUGGAAGGUUCACUUUCCAUGUCUGAUGUGCAAAUGCCAUCUUCUCCCCCCAAUAUGAAUGCACCAGCAGAUAAUUUCACCAUAGAUGACACUGAACCCCCAUUGAAUGCGAACCACGACAACAAAAUUGUGUAGAACAAACGGUUCAUUUGAGUCUUUCAUAAAAAAAUAAAUACACAUGUAAUAAAAAUAAAAACUAACU